AUGUCGAAUACUGCUGUUAGAAAUUUUGCUGAUCUAGUGACCCAGUGCAAAAGGGUUGAGAUUGUGUAUGGCAGAUAUCCAAAAUCUAAUUCUGCAAGAAAGAAAGAGAUUAAGAGGACAUCUGGUCCUUCUGGUAAUAAUAAUAGAGGAGGCUACCAUCAUAAUAACAACAGGGGUAGGGGGUUGCAGGUAAGGCAGCCUCCUGGUCAAUUUAAGAGAGGUGGUGGUCAGAGGGGUGGCUACAAUGACAGAAACUCUACUCCUCAAUGUGAAAAGUGUAAGAAGUAUCAUCGGGGUCCUUGUACUGUGCCUCCGAAUUCUUGUUUUAAGUGUGGUAAGGUUGGGCAUUUUGCCAGGGAAUGCUACAACAAUACGGGGCAGGCUGCGAAUCUGCAGGCCUUGCCAUCUGUCCCUACUGUGGGACGUGUAUACACUAUUAAUGUACAACAGACAGAGAAGGCACCGAAUCUUGUGAAAGAUAUCAUUUUCAUCUCUAAUAUUGAUUUAUCUGUGUUGUUUGAUUCGGGAGCGACGCAUUCGUUCGUGGCAGAAUAUAUUGCUAAGGGGUUGAACUUAAGGGUAAGACAAAUGAUUCUCCCUAUGCGUAUUACUGCUGCUACAUGA